AUGUUCUAUUCUAUUCAAUCUCAUAUAUACCGUUUUCAUUACAAACAAAUAUCUUUCUUAUUUCUCACAGUAACAGUUCUCUCAACACAUGCUCCACAGCACGACGACGACGACGAGCAUCCGGAGAAAUCAUCUGCGUACAUCCUAAAGACUGGUGAUGGAGAUGCUACCCAGUGCAUGAGUGGAUUCAUAGCCAUGGACAUUCUUCCUCCCUGUGGGCCUAUCCGAAUUCUGGGCGAUAUAUUCAUGGGAGCCUACCAUGCCGUAUUCGACUAUGGCAACAUGAAGGUUGGGUUCGCGAAGGCAGCAUAG